GCAGCAUACAAGCGUGACGACUCGAAGCGUGGCCGGCGCCUCUCGACGUCAUUUCCAAAGCGAAACCCUAACGACCAUGGUGUCGUUCCCUUCCAACGUGCCUCUGCCGCCGCAGAAGUACCGCAAGCUUCUCGGCGCGCUCUCGGUCUUUGCCGUGGUUGGCGCGGUCAUCGCCGUCGUCGCGUCCUCCAACCCGGACGCCGUCGCCACCAACAAGACGACGACGGGCAUGGCCAACGCCAACGGCGGCGUCUGCUACGACAUUUACCAGAUCGACCAAAUGCCGUCGCACUUUGCGACCAUCAAGUCGCAGUUCUCGGCCGUGCGUAUGUACCAGACGCACGUCGGGUCGUCGCCCAACCCGAUCGGCGUCGCCGCCAAGGCGGGCCUCAAGCUCAUGGCUGGCGUCUGGCUCCGGUCUGGCCAAGGCCAGAUCGACAACGACAUCCAGUCCAUCAUUUCGGGCGUCCAGGCGCACCCGGGCACCGUCAUUGGCGUCACCGUCGGCAACGAAGACUUGAGCAAUGGCUGGAGCGCGGGCCAGGUCGCGGCGCAGGUGUCGUACGUCAAGAGCAAGCUGCAGUCCGCGGGCGUCAACGUGCCCGUCGGAUCGGUCCAGGUCGACGGCGACUUUCUGAACGCGCCGUCGCUCGCGGCCGUGUGCGACAUUGUCGGUGUCAACAUCUACCCGUUCUUUGGGGCGUCGCCCAACUCGGUGAGCAACCCGGUCUCGGACCUCAGCGCCCGCUGGAACAACGUCGUCAAGGCGUUUGGCGGCAAGGCCAAGCUCACGGAGACGGGGUGGCCCACCGCAGGUGGCAACAACGGCAACCACGUCUCCAACUACGACAACGCGCUGAGCUACUACCAGGCGUAUGCGACGUGGUCCCAGAGCAAUGGCGGCGGCGUUCCGUUCUACUUUCAGUUCCACGACGUGACGGUCAAGGGCGGCUUCGAAGGCCAUUUUGGUCUCGCCGACUCGAACGGCAAGUGGAAGUUUAACAUGCCAUCGCCGACGUCGGCUCCUACACCGGCUCCGACGCCUGCACCGACGCCUGCACCGACGCCUGCACCAACCCCCGCGCCGACCCCUGCGCCGACGCCCGCCCCGACGCCCGCCCCGACGCCGGAGCCGACGCCGGAGCCCACGACGAGCGAGCCCACGAAGGAAUCGACGCCGUCGCCGACGAACACAACGACGCCUACUCCCACGACUCUCGAACCUUCGCACAACACGACGCUUGGCAACGCCACGGAGCUCCACGACGGCGAGCCCACCCCGGUCUUCAGCGGAUCGCAGGCCGGCGCGCUCAACGUCACGAUCUCCGAGUCCGGUGUCCUUGAGAGCACGAACGUGCUCCCUAGCUCCAGCGACGAGACGGUGCCCGGUGCCGUGCCGGAAGCUGGUGCGGUCCCUGCGGCUGGCAGCGCCCCAGCGACGGCGACUGGGAAGGACUCGGGUGUCGAGGUCAGCAACCAGUCGUCGGGCAGCAGCGACGCGACGGUCGGUGUGACGGCCACCUUGUCGGCCGUCGGCGGUCUCGCGUGCGUGGCUGCUGUCGUGUUUGUCGUCUACCGCCGCAAGCAGGCGAUGGAGGAGAAGGAUGAUCUCUUUACCCCCGCGACGGGCACGACGCGCCCGAUCGAAGCCACGUUCCCCGUCAACACGUCGUCGCCCCGUCGCAACAGCGUCGCCGCCAUGGAGGAGAACCGCCCGUCGGCGCUCGCGGUCCGUGAGUCGACGUCCGAGUGGUUGUAAUUAGUAUUAGUUCAUUGCAACACCAACUAAUCUCAUUCCGUCGACGAGGUCGCAUCGUCGC